AUGGAGUCAAUGCCCGCUCUCCUACUGAAAUCGUGGACGCCUAAAGCCCGAAUCUUCGCCGUCUUCGCCUGUAUGCUAGUUUGCCUGACUGGGUUAUGGGUCCUGCAGAUCAAACAGAUUAAACUUAAAAACAAAGACUUCUAUUCUUUCCAAGUUCUGGAUUCCAAGGGGAAGCUGGUCUCGCUGGAGAAAUACAGAGGCAAAGCAUCCCUGGUUGUAAACGUGGCGAGUAACUGCGAACACACGGAAAAGAAUUACCAGGGCCUGCAGGAGCUGCAGAGAGAGCUCGGGCCCAUGCACUUCAACGUCCUCGCAUUCCCCUGUAACCAGUUCGGAAAAUCCGAGCCCGGCACCAACUCCCAAAUCGACAGCUUCUCCAGAAAAACUUACGGAGCCACUUUCCCCAUUUUUGGCAAGAUCAAAGUGUUAGGGAACGAGAGUGAGCCUGCGUUCCGGUAUCUCGUGGAUACAACAAAUAUGGAACCCCGAUGGAAUUUUUGGAAAUAUCUGGUCAAUCCAAAGGGUCAGGUGGUAAAGGUCUGGCGAACUGAAGACCCCAUGGCAGCCAUCAAGCAAGAAGUGUCAAAAUUAGUGGCAAAAAUUAUAUUGCAAAAAAGAGAAGAGUUUUGAAGCAGAGCUGCUGUGUCAGACAGCUUCCUUGUUUGAAUUUUGAAAAUGGUCAGCACACCUAAAGCUUGUACAAGCUGUUGCAGUUUAACUUGAUGGUGAACUUCCCUUGCAUCUGAAAUAUCCAGCCACAUGGUGUUUUGAGUCCUGAUAUUGAAUACUGAAAUCUAGAUCUAUUGAGAUAUGUGAUCACCAUGUCAUACAAUUGCUAACAAGCAUUUAAAUAUUUUAAGUUACAAUAGAAAUAUGUUCUCUUUUUGUGGUGGAUGAACAUCUAUUGAAGUUUACAUCAGCUGCUUUGUUAAAUGGGUACAUGGUAUGUGAUAUCUUCUGAAAAUUACCAACCCAGCAUUGCAGUUCAUUGCAAACUACAACAGCAAGUUUGUAUUUGCACUGUGAUAAUCCUGAAAUCAAUUUACAUCGUCCAUAGGUACAAGAUAAAACAACCACUAAGAAUGAACAGAUUACCUUUUCCAAUUACUAUUGUUUUAAGUAUUCUUAAAGCAAUAUAAAUUGGGAUGUAAUUUAAAAUCAGCACCUUUCUGGUUUCAGUUGUUUUUUUUAAUUAUUUAAAAGGUGAUUGAAAUGUUUUGUUCAUAUCCAGGAUCAGACCAACUCAAUGUCACAGAAGCAUAGAUUUCAAGAUACCACUAACUAUUGGAAAUAGGUUCACCAGAAAAAUUGUACUAAAUGCACAAAGACGAGUCUGAAGUUCUUGUUUGACCUAAUUACCCACAUUUUGUAAGAUAAAAAGUUUAAUUAGUUAUAUUAACGUGGUCAUAAAUCCAUUAACAAAGGCUUGUUUAUACCUUUGUGUUACAAUAUCAAUAAAGCAAAAUAUAUUACCUUAUUGUUUAGGGUGACAAAGCCUGGUAAAUAUCUAGAUGCAUCACUUAGUUCAAGUGCUUACAUCUGUACGAUAAACGGAUCACUGAUUUAUGUACAUAUCUGUACAAUCACAACUUUAACUUUCAGACUUUAUCUCUAAAUUUUUAAUCCAGGUGAUCUGGUUCAUUCAAUCAAUUUCUGAGUAGUGAUUUGUGAAUUCUGUGAGGAUAAAUUUCCUAACCCUAAUGGUCAUAAAGUGGGGGGGGGGGGGGGUCACCUAUAUUCUGUCACAUGCAGCAUCUCUAACUUGAAUGAAGAUGACUUUUGGUUGCUAUGGAGCUCUUUGAGUUUGCUGAACAGUAAUAUUUGUCGGUGGGUAAAGGCCAAGACACUAUUUGUCUUAAGCUUGAGAUAAAAAAAGGUUUUCAAGACAUCCCAUGAUACAGGAACUACUUGAUUAUAUCAUGACACUCCUCUAACUACAACCAUCUCUUCGAUAUUUCUCUUUGUCUCCUCUUUAUAUUUUUGUUUCUAUUAAUCUACCACUGUAUCUAUUGUUAUUUUCAUUGGUCAAUACAUUUUGUCUCUGUGCUUCUAUCUUUGUUGAUCAUCCCAAAACCAGAACAAUGAAAGCAGUAAAGUCUCCAAAUAGAGUAAAUACAGAGUGUUCAGACCAUAAGAAAUAGAAGCAAAAGUAGGCUAUUCAGCCCUUAGGGCCUGCUCUAUGGCUGGGCUGUGAUCUCCUGCAGUAACCUCAAACCCUUUGAUUGCCUGAAUAUCUAAAAAUCAAUCAGACUCUACCUUGAACAGACCUAAGGACUGAAACUCCAUGCCUGUCUUGGGUAGGGAAUUCCAAAGAUUCAGUACUCUCUGGGUGAAGAAAUUUCUUCUCACCUCUGUCUUGAAUGGCAGACUAUUUAUUUUGAAAUUGUGACUGCAGGUUCCAGACACUCCAGUAAGGAAACAUUAACAUUGCAUUGGCCCUGUCAAGCCUUGUGAGAAUUUUGUCAUUUUGUUGAGGUCACCUAAUAUUCUUCUAAACUCAAACAAACACAGUCUGCUUAAUCUCUCUUCUACAAUAGAUGUGCCAUCCCAGGAGCUAACAUCAGACUAUAGUUAACAAUGGAGUCACCGGUUACUUACUGGCCAUUUAUCUGAUGCACCUGUAUUGUUAAUGUUAAUUUUGAAUUGCAGAGGUACAAAGUCUCUUUUCCAAGAAGAAUGGAUUUGAGAUUGAGGCUGUUAACUUUGUUUGGUAAAGGAAAACAUUAAAAGCUUGGGAUGGGAUGAAUAGGUGCUAGGGAAGGGUGCAAUGAUUUUUUUCAUGAUUAUUACAUUUUUAUGUGUGGAAUUUCUGCCUGUGGGGGUGGCAGGAGGGUGUGCAAAUUUUUAAGUGGCCCACGGCGACUAGACAAACUCCUGGAGAAAUGACUCUAAAGUCUUUUCAUGGAGUUUCUGCUAAUCUUUCCCAAAUCCAUAGCAUCAAUGGUGAGUUAUUCCUUCAGUUGCUGAGGCCCUGGGCUGUAAAAUUCCCUCCAUCUCUACCUUUCUUUCCUCCUUCAAGACAGUUCUUAAAAUCUACCUCUUUGACCAGGUUUUUGAUCAUAUUGCCUAAUAUUUUAAGUAUUUGUAAAGCACCUUGGGACCUUUUCAUAUGUUAAAGGCACUAUAUAAAUUCAAGCUGUUGUGUUUUAGGCACUUCAGAAAUUACAAUGGCUAUGUUGUGUACUCAUUACCAUGUUGGAAUUUGAGAAAUACAUUAAUAAGUUUUUAAAAUCUGAGAGAUUUAAUUCUGGAUAUGCUGGGACUUUCACCGCUCUGUUCGGUGGCAGUAAUUGCACUCUUCCAAAUGUUUGCAUUAUAAUAACUGUGACAGUACAGAAAUAUAACAAGAUCCAUGAGAAAUAAAAGCCUUCAGUACAUUAAACGUUUAAAUAUUUGAUCUGAAGAAAGCUCUGAGGCAGCCCCAUUGUGUAUAGUUUUGUUUAGAGAAUUGGAAUAUUUCUGUGUAUAUCAAUGUGAUUACAUUCCUUGAGCUUUUUGUACA